GAAGAGGAAAUAAAAAUAAAGAAUGUCCGCUUGAUCGUAGUGGUUAGAUGUACUUGAAGCAACUAGUGCAAGUGCGGCGACUGUUUCCAGCGUUACAUUCGCCAGCGCCGUAAGCUCCUCCAUCCACUCUAAGCUCCACCAUCGUCCAUAUUUUAACGAUGGAAGGUGUGGAUGCAUCCAAUUUGAACUUGGAAAAUGUGGGACCACUAGUUAAUGGUGGGGAAGUGGAUGGUUUUAGAUGCAGUAUUGAUGAGCUAGUCAUGAAAGUCGAUAAGCUUGAACAAAGAGUGAAUGAAGUUGAGAAGUUCUACCUGAAUACAAGUAUAAAGCAACCAAACACCUCAAAGAAUACUUUUUCAGGGAAACAGAAAGAUAAGGAUAAACAUGUUCCGGGCUUUAAGAAGCUACAACAAGAAGCAUCACGCAGAGAGGCUGCUGCGGCUAAGAGGAUGCAGGAGCUUAUGCGCCAGUUUGGCACAAUAUUGCGCCAGCUCACUCAGCACAAAUGGGCUUGGCCUUUUAUGCAGCCAGUUGAUGUUGAAGGACUUGGGUUGCAUGACUAUUAUUCGAUUAUUGACAGGCCCAUGGACUUUAGUACAAUAAAGAAUCAAAUGGAGGCCACGGAUGGUGCCGGUUAUAAGCAUGUCAGAGAGAUUUGUGCUGAUGUUAGACUGGUUUUCAUGAAUGCAAUGAAGUACAAUGAUGAAAAGAGUGAUGUUCAUCUGAUGGCGGAAACAUUACUAGAAAAAUUUGAGGAGAAAUGGUUGCAACUUCUGCCAAAAGUUAAUGAGGAGGAAAAAAGACGAGAAGAGGAGGAAGCAGAAGCUCAACUGAAUAUGCAGCUUGCUCAGGAGGCUGUUCAUGCCAAAAUAGCCAGGGAUCUGUGUAACGAGCUUUAUGAAGUUGAUACACACGUGGAGGAACUCAGAGAGAUGGUGGUUAGAACAUGCAGGAAAAUAUCAAUAGAGGAGAAGAGAAAUCUAGGGAUAGCUCUCACAAAGUUAUCUCCGGACGAUCUUAGUAAGGCGCUGGAGAUAGUAGCACAAAAUAACCCACUAUUUCCAGCUUCAGCAGAAGAGGUGGAACUUGACAUUGAUGCUCAGAGUGAAUUGACAUUGUGGAGGCUAAAGUUCUUCGUCAAGGAUGCAUUAGAAGUUCAGGGCAAGAGUUCAAGCAAAGGUGACAACAGUAACUCAGCCAAAGUAGCCGCUAGUAAUCGUAAUAUUAGUGCUGCCUCCAAAAGAAAAAAGGAGAUUUGUGAUGCUCUUGUUAAGAAUGCCAAGAAACGAAAUAAAAAACCCUCUAAAUGAAUUUGUUUAUGAAACAGGCUGCAGCUUAGGCGUGCAGUUCAUGUGUAUCAUCAUCAUCGGAAGAAAAAGUUUAUUUGUCUAAUCACGUUCAUUCACAACUGAAUGAAUGAAUGAAUGAAAGAAUGAGACAUUUGAAACGAAAA